UGUGGGAAAUGAGAGAAUUAAUUCGCGAGAAGAGAGAGAGAAGGAAAAACCUCGAAGAUGCUGAGGUUGAAGAGACUUGUUUCAGUAGCUCCAAAAAAUUUCAAUGGCGGAAACUUACGCAGUGAAGAAGCUAAGCUGUUUCCUAAGAUUCCUUCACGCACUCCUUCGAGAUUGACUUCCACGCGCUUCCUCGACAUCUAUCAGAUGGGGAAUAAGGAGGCGAUUGAGAAGGAACGAGCUCGACUUAAAGAUGAGAUGAGUCGGGGUUACUUUGCCGACAUGUCGGACAUGAAGCAACACGGUGGGAAGAUAGCAAUGGCGAAUAAGAUUAUAAUUCCAUCAACGGCGGCAGUUAAGUUUCCUACACUAGAAGUGAACUACUCCGAUGGUUCUAUCCUUAAGCUGCCCUUUACAUCUGAUGCGGAUAAUGCCGAUGCUUCUAAGUCGGAUAUUCCCAAAGCGUCCUUAGUGUGUUUGUCGUUUAGGGCGAGCUCGCAGCCUAUGGUUGAUUCGUGGACCUUACCAUUCGUUAAUACCUUUGGUCAUUCCAGCGAUAUACGGUUAUAUGAGGUAUCUUUCAUAGAUUCAUGGUUAUUAAGACGCAGUCUUAUAAAGAAGCUACUUCUUAAAGUCAUGAGGAAACCCAAGCCUGGAGGGGAAAACCAAGAUGCCCUACAGAAGCAGAUUGUAUAUUCUUUCGCCGACCAUUAUUACUUCAGAAAGGAGCUUAAAAUAUUGAAUCUUCUAACCGGAUACAUUUUCUUAGUAGACAAACUCGGUAAAAUACGAUGGCAAGGUUUUGGACUGGCAACACAAGAUGAGUUAUCAUCACUUUUGUGCUGCACAGCCCUAUUGAUGAAAGAGUAAUAAGAUACGAAAAAUAUAAUGAUUGAAUAAUCAAAAUCAAGGACCCUUUUUAGUUGGGCAAACAAGAUAACUUUGGUAAUCUCUAGUUCAUAUCGUAUUAGGGUUUCGUUUAGAACCCGAUGAUAUGUCCAGGGAAAUUUUGAUUUGAAGAAUAUUCAUUUUUCGAUUGAUUUUCUUGAUGGUAAUCUCUGCUUGAUAUUUAUUUAUUUAUCCAGUCACAGAUCCUUUUCCUAUUCUU